AGAACCUUAGGAAGUUUGUGUUGGCCCGGCUGGGGAGGGGAGACCAAAGCCCCUCAGCAGGUACAAGCAAGUUUAGUGGUGCCCAGCUCUGAAGCCUCAGCUCUUGCCAAACGGACCGUAGACCCAUGUCAGUGAACCUAAACGAUGUCCUCUGCACUCUUCAGGAGGAGCAGGUCAGACUAAAGAUGAAGCUGCAGGAGCUGCAGCAGUUGAGAAGGGAGCGCAGGGACCCCCCAAAAGACAAGGUAAAGUGGAAGAUCCCAUUCCCAGUGCCUGAAGUCCCCCUGGUAUUCCGAGGACACACUAAGCAGGGCAGGGAAGUGCCUAAGUCUUUGGUUUCCAACCUGCGAGUCUGCUGCCCUCUGCCUGGCAGCUCUGCUCUGGUCACCUUUGAUGACCCCAAAGUGGCUGAGCAGGUGCUGAGACAAAAGGAGCAUAAGAUUGACAUGGAGGAGUGCAGGCUGCGGGUGCAGGUCCAGUCCUUGGAGCUGCCCAGAGUGACCACCAUCCAGGUGUCCAGUCAGACAGAUGGCCAGAGGGUGCUGGUCAGUGGGUUUCCUGUGGGACUCAAACUGAGUGAGGAGGAGCUGCUGGACAAGUUGGAGAUCUUCUUUGGCAAGUCUCGGAACGGGGGUGGGGAUGUGGAGACCCGGGAACUGCUACAAGGGAGUGUCAUGCUUGGUUUCGCCAAGGAAGAAGUGGCCCAGCACCUGUGCCAGAUUGGUCAGUUCAGAGUGCCCCUGGGUGGGCAGCAGGUCUCUCUGAAAGUUUCUCCCUACAUGAGUGGGAAGAUACAGAAGGCUGAGGUAAGUGGGAAGGUGCAGAACCAAGUGGCCAGGGAACCUAUCUGUCUGCCAGAGACCAGCUCAAGGAAGGCUUUGAGUGCCCCCAGCCCCACUAACCUACCCACCAGCCUGCUCUCCAGGCUUCCGGAUCUCUCCUGUACUCCCAUGCAGGCACUGCUUCUGUCUUGUACUCCCAUGAGCCUUUGCUAUCUCUUGGCUCUUUUUUUGGGGGGGCGGGGUUUACUGGGGUUUGAACUCAGGGCUUUGUACUUGCCAGGCAAACAUUCUACCACUUGAGCCAUACCCCAGCCCCCUCUCUCUGCUCUCUGCCAGAUCAAAUUCCAGCCAGUGCCCCGCUCAGUGCUGGUGCUCAACAUUCCUGAUGUCCUGGACAGCCAGGAGCUGCAUGACAUCCUGGAGAUCCACUUCCAGAAGCCCA